AUGGCCGACGAGGGCUUCGACGCGCGGAAGGCGGCGGUGCUGGCGGCGCUGGCGUCGGUGGAGCGCGACAAGUCGCUCAAGGGCGGCUUGGAUGCGCCGAUCGCGGAUCUGGUGGCGGAAAUCAACGGCCACGAUGAUCUCUUCACCACCAGCUCGUGCUCCGGCCGCAUCUCGCUGCUCCUCGAACCGCAUGACACCGCCGCCGCCGCCGCCGCCGCCGCCACCGCCACUGCCGCAGCCGCUCCUACUGCUUCUGGUGGUGCUGGCGCCGGCACCGCCGGUGCUGCUACUGCUGAAAUAGAAAGAGGAGGGGAAGGAGUUGCGGCGGAUAGCGCGGGCGCGGGGAAGCGAGUGAAGAAGAAAGCGAGGCAGGGCGGCGAGUGGCUGUUGGUCAGCCAUGACCCCAUCGAUCCUGCCGACCUCGUUACAGCCGUCUUCAGUACAAGCACUGCGCACGCGGAUGCCGACGUCAGCAACAGCGCUAGCAGCAGCAUUAUCACUCCCGCCACCUUCGCAUCUCCGCCCGCUCUCCCCGGCGAGCUGGUGUUCCGCUUUGAGCCGCUCAUCCUCGCCCUCGAAUGCCGCUCCCUCGCCGCCGCGCAGGCCCUCGUGUCCUGCGCCAUCCGCGCGGGUUUCAGGGAGUCAGGCAGGCAUUACCUCGCCAGUGUGAGUCCCAGGCGCAUCAUUGCGGCCGUGCAUUGCUCCAUCUCACUUCGCCAAGUGCAUACAGCUUUUGUGAGAUGUUCCUUCCGUUCCGGCCACUUCAUGUCCCCUUCCCCACCUCCCCCUCCUCUCCCCUUUCCCCUCCUCCCCAAUUUCCCCCAUUCCCUCCCUUCCCUUCCCUUCCACCCCUUCCUCCCCCCAGGCAUCACCAGUGUGAGCGCAAAGCGCAUCAUCGCGGCCGUCCGUUGCUCCAUCCGCCUCGAGGCGCCGCUGACAGCUGGCGGCGUGCCGUUGGUGGGCGACGCGUACGUGCGCCAGCUGGCGGCGGUGGCCAAUGGCAAGAUGACGCUCAACCGCGACCGCACGGAGCGGUUCCGAGCGCGGUUCAAGGAGGAGGUGAGGGGGUGGGGACCGGUGGGAGUGGGUGACGGUGAGUGGGAGCCGGUGGGAGCGGGUGGGGGAAUCAGAACGCUCAACCACGAGCGGACGGAGCGGUUCCGAGCGCGGUUUAAGGAGGAGGUGAGGGCGGGUAGGAGGAAGGGUGGGGGUGGCCCACACGCGACGCCCAAGUCUCAUCCUAGAAAAGCAGCAAGGCGCAGCUCAAAAGGCCAGCAAGAGGCGACGAAUGGCCAGCUGGCGCAGCAGCAGGGCAGCCAGGUGGCACAACGCCAGGUGGCAGUGCUGCGGAGAGUAGGGGAGGUUGAGAGGCGGGUGCUGGAGCUGCUACGAGGUGGUGUAGUUGGGGAGGCACCGCUUUGCACCGCACUGACAGCACCUGAACCUGCUUCCACAGGGGCCUCUGGACAUCCCGAACUGGCAGGCGCAGGUGCAGGCAUGGCGCCAUACCCAUUGCAGGACGUGGCAGGUGGUUGCUGCAGCAGCGCAUGGGAUCUGCCCAGAGGAUCACAAGCAUCAGAAGAAUUAGCUCAUGGAAGCAAGGCACAGGACGGGCAGCUGCACGGGCAGGUGGUAAAGGUCCUGGGGCUGCCCGAGGGCACCCUUUUGCGGUGGGGCCACUCGGCUGUGACGGUUGCUGCUUCACGGGCGAUGGUGGGAACUGUGAGCGCAGGGGGGAAAGCGGAAAAGGAAAAAGCAGGAGCAGGUGCAACAGCUGCAGGGUCAACAGGUGCAGGGACGUCAGAAGCAGGGAAAGCAAGAGGAGAGGCAGCAGGGACAGCAGUAGUGGUGUUUGGGGGAUUUGGGGGGAGUGGGGUGCACAGUAGGCGAGGUGACGUGUUCGUGGUAACAAUGAGAGGGAGAGGGGAGGAGGGAGGGCGUGGAAGUGAAGGGGAGAAGGAGGAGGAUGUGGUGGUGGAAGGGAGUGUGGUGGAGACAAGAGGGAGCCGGCCGAGUGCUCGCAUGUGGCACUCUGCCACUGUGGUUAGAGUGGGUCGAGGGAGGGGAGUGGGGAGAGGGAGUGGAACGGAGGCCAAGGGGGCAGAGAGUAGUGAGGCGAGUGAGACGGGAGAGAAAGAGGAGGAGGAGGGCGAAGGGGAGGAGGGUGAGGAGGAGGAAGAGGAGGGGGAGGAGGAGAUGGUGGUGAUAGGAGGCAGGCACGGCCCCAAUGCUGCCCUCGCUGAUGUCUUCUCCCUCAAUCUGCGCUCCAUGACGUGGCGCCACGUGGCAGCACCAGCAGCACCGUCUGGAGAGGGUACAGCAGCACAUGAAACUACAGCUAUUACCCCUGCUGUACCAGAAGCAACUGCUGCUAUAUCUGCUACAGAUGCUACUGCUGCUACAUCUGCUACAGCUGCCACUGCUGCUGCAGAUGCUACAGCUGCUACAGGUGCACCCCUGGCAAGGUAUCGCCAUGCAGCAGCAGCACUGGGGUCAUCUGUCUUUGUCUUUGGAGGCACGUCCCAUCCCCACGCCCCGCCCCUCACCUCCCUUCAGGUCUUUUCCGCCUGGUCUUUUUCCUGGCUGCCUGACCCUGUUGUUUCCGGGCAGAUGCCUGCCCCUCGCCACUCGCACGCCAUGGCUGCGGUCGGCAACCGGGUGUAUCUUUUCGGUGGUCAAGACACCCGAAGGGUAUUUUCCAAUCUCUUCUUUUUUGAGGUUGUGGGCCGCGGUUCGGCUGUUGGGGAAUGUGAGGUGUCUCAAAACUCUCAAGAGGAUCUUAGUGUGGGAAGCAACACUCAGAACGUGACUCCAAACAGUGCUCAAGACGUCGACAACAGUAUCACCAGAAGCAGCAACAGCAAUGGUACGGAAGGCAGCAGACUACAUGUUCGGUGGACCAAGGUUUGGGAUUCUGCUCCAGUCGCGAUCCCUGAACGGUUCUCACACUCCCUCACCACAUACGGGCAGCACCUUCUGAUUUUCGGGGGCUGCCCACAUUCCCGGGCAGGCCCGGAAAUUGUUCUGGUGAACACCGCAUCCAAUGAGGUGUCUCGAAUCCCCGUCGCUCUGCCUCCUGCUGCUCUGCCCGUGCGCCACACUGCCAGUGUGUUGAGUGGGGGCUUGGUGGCAGGGGGGGCUGCAGUGGGGGGAUCUAUUGUGGGGGACAGGCUGCUGGUGCUGGGGGGUGGUGCUGCCUGCUUUGCCUUCGGAUCGGUCUUUAGCCCCCCUUUUGCGAUCCCUCUGAAAGGGAUUCAUCAAGGAAAGAUUGGACAUUCUAACCAACAGCAGCAGGGGCAGCAGCAGCAGAAGGAGGAGGAAGAGCAGGAGCAACUGAAGCAGGAUCCGGAGCAAGGGGGCCACUGGCAGGGAGGAUUGGGAUGGGUGCUGCUUGUUCCACGGAGGGAGGGGAAGCGGUGGAAGGAUGUGCUACAGACAUGUGGCGUUCUAGACAAGUCCCGCAAGCCAGCCACAGUGAACCCAGAUGUCAAUCCCGAGGUAUCAUAUGUCAGUGCUUGUAGCUCAGGUGCUGCUGGUGACGGUGGUGAGUUGCUGCUGGCGCUGCCUGUGUGCGAGUCUGCUGUGAGCACAGUUGCUGCCAUGGAUGGUGAUCUCCUUCACCUCAAGGCGAAGCAACUAAAUUCUUCAGAGGACAAUCAACCCAGUGACAACUACUCAUCUCUUAUCUCUCAGCUGCCGGUCCGCUGGGAGCGGCUCGGAGACAUGGUGGUGUUGCCAGCUGAUGCCAUGCUAGGGGAGGCUUGGGACAGGCUCGGACCUGAGCUCUGGCAGGUUGUUGCUGAGGCUCUUGGGGUGACAAGAGUGGCCCGGCAGGCUCCUGUGGCACCCACAUUGACUAGAGACAGCCGGCUGCAGCUGCUGCUAGGGUCCUCGUCUUGGGUGGAGCACCGGGAGAAUGGCAUCACAUACACCUUCGAUGCAGGAAAGUGCAUGUUCUCAUCAGGGAACGGCACUGAGAAGCAGCGCAUGGCCGCACUCAAGCUUCAUGACCGGGAAGUGGUGGUAGAUCUUUUUGCUGGGAUCGGGUAUUUCACAAUCCCGCUGCUCGUGCAUGCCCGCGCCCGCCACGUGUUUGCCUGCGAGUGGAACCCUGCGGCUGUCCAUGGCCUCCGGUCCAGUCUCGCAGCCAAUCAGGUUUCUCCAGAUCGCUACACUGUGCUGGAGGGGGAUAACAGGGUGGUUGCCCCAGUGGGGGUUGCUAAUCGGGUGCUGUUGGGCUUGAUCCCUUCGAGUGAGGCCAGCUGGAGGACUGCGAUUCGCUGCUUGAAGCCAAGGGAAGGGGGUGUUGCUCAUGUGCAUGGGAAUGUUGUUGACGUGGAGGAGCAGCAGUGGACUGACUAUGUUGUGGGGGAGUUUGAGAAGUUGGCAAGGGAGGAGGGGAGAAGCUGGGAAGUCAAGGCAGUGCAUUUGGAGAGGGUGAAAUGGUAUGCGCCACACAUUCGGCAUGUUGUUCUGGAUGUCUGCUGCAAGCCCAGCUUGGUUGAUGGUGCUGAAUAG